UGUAACAAUUCAUGUGAAAAUGGUCUCUGGAGUUCUGUAUGUUGUACUUCAAACUUUGUUGUUUUUCCAUGGUUUAUUGUAUCCAUGAGAAGGGGUGGGGUAAUUUGUUUUUUCAUCUCUUUCUUUUUCGGGUCUAAAGAUAUGAUUAUACGCUGUCGUUUCUAGACGUUCAAAAGCCAAAAGUGAAAAAUAUGCCUUAGCAUAUACGUCUGCCUUCACUUUCUCUGUGUUUCUGGCCGAGCAGACUCAUCGGUUCGAGGAAAACGAUGUUUGGACAGACACAGCGGAAAGUAAACGCUUAUGCUUGGUUAUUGUCGGGAUAUUAAUUGUAUAUAAUAGCAAUGAACAAGAAAGCCUUGGCCAUUUUGAUGCGAGCCAGAAUGAGACCUAACGAUCCUACCAAGCUCGCCCUUUCUCCUUUAUCGGAUGAGGUUAAUCAAUUGCUGUCAAAUUCUCAAGGAAACCAAUCUAGUGGAAACUUGGCACGCCAUGCCCCUGAAGAUGGAAAUGGAAAGCUCAAUAAGCAAAGGUCGUUCGAGGUUGUACGAGAAUCAAUGCACUCAGCUAUAUCAAUGAACAAAACUGAAGUUCUAGAUUCUGUACUUAAUGAUUUUUUGGAGGGUUAUUUUAGCCUUUCUUUUGAGAACCGCAGGAAAUUAUUGCUGACACUUGCCAAGGAGUAUGAUCUAAACAGGACACAAGUUCGUGAACUCAUACAGCAAUAUAUUGGACUUCAGCUACCCAGUGGGAAUGAAACUCAAUCAGGAGUAGUUGAAGAUGAAGGCUUUCUUUCAACUUUCUAUCGCAUAGAGAGAAAUUUGAGACAUUCCCUGAAGCCAGUGUAUGAAAUUCUCUUUGACCGACUCAACAACCAUCCUGGAGGGCUGAAGUUUUUGACUAUCCUUAGGGCUGAUAUUUUAUCCAUUCUCACAGAAGAAAAUAUUGCCUCAUUGCGAGCAUUAGUUUCAUAUCUGAAGGAGAAGCUUAGUUCUUGGCUUAGUCCUGCUGCUUUAGAGCUCCAUCAGAUUACAUGGGAUGAUCCUGCCUCUUUGCUGGAGAAAAUUGUGGCUUAUGAGGCAGUGCAUCCAAUCAGUAAUCUUUUUGAUCUUAAGAGAAGGCUGGGAGUUGGUCAUCGUUGUUUUGGAUAUUUUCAUUCAUCCAUACCUGGUAAACCUCUUAUUUUUAUUGAAGUUGUGCUUUUGAAUAAUGUAGCGCAUACAAUACAGGAAGUUUUGUGGGAUCAUCCUCCAAUUCCUGAAAGUGAGGCAAUAUGCGCAUUAUUUUACUCCAUAUCAUGAACUCAGCCUGGCUUGGAAGGAAUCAACCUAGGAAAGUUUCUUAUUAAACGUGUUAUUACAUUGGUAAAAAGAGAUAUGCCACAUAUUUCUGUGUUUGCUACACUUAGCCCUAUCCCAGGAUUCAUGCAGUGGCUUCUGUCCAAGUUGGCAUCUCAGUCAAAACUUGCUGAAGCAGAGGACAUAUCAUGUUCAUCGGCUGAUAGAUCUAGGCUAACUUUCUAUGAGAAUGUACUUGAGCCAGAAGAAGAAAGAGCAGUUGUGGAUUCAUCUGGGGAUCUUGCUGCUGGAAAAAAUGGCAUGGAAAUAAUGUUGAACUUGCUGACAUCAACAAGUCAUGAGUGGACUAGUUCAGCUAAAUUGCUUUCAGCAUUAGAACCACCUCUAAUGCGACUAUGUGCAAGGUACCUUCUGCAAGAGAAAAAGAGAGGAAAAGCUCUAGAUUCUGUUGCAAACUUCCAUUUGCAGAAUGGAUCAUCUUGAAUGGUUCAAAGAAUAAACUGGAUGGCUGACCGAUCAGAAAAAGGCUUACGUCAAAGUGCAGGUAUCAUGGUGAACUAUGUCUACAGGCCAGAGAAUAUUGAAGAUUAUGCUCAGUCUCACUUCAGCACAGGGCUUAUCCAUACUUCGAAUGAUGUGCAACGAUACGUUCAGCAAUUGACGGAAGGAAGAGAAUGAAAGUAGGUUUCAUGGCUUACCCACUUUUAACAUACUUCUUUUUAUGAUUUCCAAGAUUCAAAGAAAGAUACUUGCAUUUGCUAGCUGUCUAUUUGUAGUGUCGUCUUCACUGAAAAAUGUAGAUAUAACAACGCGCACCUUUAUUUGCUUUAAAUGGUCAGCUGUUCAUAUAUAACCAAAGCUUCCAAUAAUAUAUAAAAACUGAUGGGAUUUUGGUUUGAAAUCUCUUUGUGAA